CAAAACUGGACAAAUCAGAUCGUUUCCUACUAUGUAAUCAUCAGCUCUUGUUUGUUGAGACGUGUGGAACGUUGGCAACGUACGACGAGAUGAGGCGUACUCGAAGAUCUCGCUCAUCUCAUCUUCUCUUCGGCUUCUCUAUCAUUUUGUCUUUCUACGCGGGGGCAUCACUCAUCUACUGGAGUAAACAAUUAUCUAGAGAAGACGACACAUCAGACAACUCUCUUCCUUACAAGAACCAUUUCUUUCACGGUCGCCACAUUCUUGUUGCUCCUAGCAACCAUUCACUCGAUGUCUCACCGAGCGCGCCAAGCAACCAAAGUGACAUCACAGACGCGUCACAACACUAUUGGCCAAACGACGUCUUUAGUCUGACAGAGCGCCGACGCGGCGCCGUUCUCCUUCACAUCUGCGGAGUCAUCUACGUGUUUGUUGCUCUCGCCAUUGUGUGCGACGAAUUCUUCGUGCCUGCACUAAAUGUAAUUACCGUCAAGUUAAAUCUAAGGAAGGAUGUGGCGGGUGCGACAUUCAUGGCAGCAGGUGGCAGUGCACCCGAGCUGUUUACCUCUCUAUUUGGUGUAUUCAUUGCUAACACGAAUGUGGGAUUCGGAACAAUAGUUGGAUCGGCCGUCUUUAACGUUCUUUUUGUCAUCGGAAUGUGUGCAGUUGUAUCAAAAUCCGUUCUUAAUCUCAGCUGGUGGCCGCUGUUUCGUGACUGUUUGUUUUAUUCGGUUGCUCUUGCUCUGCUGAUUGGCUUUUAUUCGGAUAGUGAGAUUGAGCUGCACGAGGCGGCCGUCUUGUGUGUGAUGUACGUUCUGUAUGUUGUGUUUAUGGUGUUUAAUGGUGUCAUUGAGAGAUGGGUGAAGUCGAAGGUACGAAGUGAUUUGGUGCAGCCGAUGGAUAGAAACAAAUUGAGAGACACGACGUUCGGGCAGGUGUGUCAUCAGAAGGACGGGCUUGGUAGUCAAAUGUUUCUGAAAGGAUGUGGAGUGUUCAGGCAGGGUGCUGUACAUCUCAUGCUUUAUGCUCUUGAUCCUUUGGCUAAAGCAUCUCACGAAGGACACAACAGACGUCUUGCCGAACUAGCAAGCCUACAAGUGACUCCUCGUGUCACGUCGGCUACAAGCACAACAGACUGCAGAGAUCAAUUGACCUACACACAACAAGAUGACAACCUCACGUCUCAUCCUUCACACUUAACACCCAAACUAUCAGAGACAUCAAACAUCACUUUACCAGGCACUCCGUUUACCUCUGAACCGUGUGACUUUGAGACGACGGCUUCGUACUCGACGUUAUCUCCCGACCAAGAGAAAAAUGAAAGUCAAUCAUCAGUGACUCACUUAAACAAUGAAGCCAGAACUGGCAAUGCUCAACAACUUCCCAUCCAAACACAAAUAGUUGGUGACACUGUCAACUCAUUCGUCGAUUUCCAAGUACCUCAAGUGACUAUCGAACGUCCACCCGAUGACACACGCAGUAUGAGUGCGUGGAGCAAGACGAGUAGCUUGUCUGUUGCCUCAAAUCAUGUAAAUAUGAACGAGACAAGAGAUGAGGUGACUGAGCGGAAUAUGGAGAAUGAAAAUGAAAACAGUGAAGAGGGAAAUGAUGAGGAUGAAGAACCGUUAGAUGUUAGGUGGCCAAAGACGUUUAGGAGGAGAGUAAUGUACAUCUUGCUUGUUCCAAUUGUCCUUCCUCUAUAUUUUACUCUGCCUGAUGUUAGACACGAGAACAAACGGAGGUUCUACCCUUGGACGUUUAUUGGUAGCACUGGGUGGAUAGCAGCUUACUCUUAUUUGAUGGUGUGGUGGGCUAAUCAAGUGGGGGAAACGAUUGGAAUAUCUCCAGAGGUUAUGGGUUUGACGUUUCUGGCUGCAGGCACUAGUAUACCCGACCUCAUCACAAGUGUUAUUGUUGCUCGUCAAGGACAUGGAGAUAUGGCAGUCUCUAGCUCAAUAGGAAGUAAUAUGUUUGAUGUAACAGUCGGCCUUCCAAUCCCGUGGUUACUAGCAAUUCUUAUUCGUGACGAGCCAGUGGACGUCGUGAGUAAAGGUCUCUUCUGUUCCAUCUCUCUUCUAUUUGGCAUGUUGGUUAUCCUCGUCAUCAGCAUCAUAAUUUGUCGCUGGAGAAUGAACAGAACGUUUGGGAUCGUCAUGUUUGUAUUUUAUUUUAUUUUUCUAUCCGUUAGUAUUUUAUUAGAAACAGAGACAAUCGGUAAAUGUAGCGUUGGCUCGUCGUGAUAUUUUUGUUUCUAUAGUUUGAAUGUGGUAAUUAAUUAAUUAAUUAUAUUAUAUUAUAUUGGACUAACAA